AUGCAGCUAUACCGCAAAUAUCGACUUUGGCGCCCAACAGCCUUUGAGUGUGAUAUGCGAUGUGAGCUCAUCGAACCUACCCUGUUGAUACGUUUCCUGCAGCCUGGCCCUGUUCGCUGCUCUGCCCAACGUGGAUGUGCAUUGAUCCCCAGCCUCCCUGUUCCGCAUCACUUCUCCCACGCCUUAAAACCUCGUUGGGACGCUUCCGAUCGGACCUUUGCGCUGAUAAAGGCCUGA